AUGGCCUCGACGGGAGACUGGAAGAAGGUCACUGAGGAGCAGGUGGAUCAAUGGCAGAGGAAACAGCAUGGUGUCAAGAGAUGGAUUGAAGAGAUCUUGGGGAUGGAACUGGAGAGCGAAGACCUAGCAGGUCCGCUACAGACCGGAGUCGUGCUGUGCCACGUGAUACGACGUCUCGAUGAACGGGCUAUUCCUCGCAUUCAAGAAGACACAAAGCAGCUCUUCAAAUUGAAGGAAAAUGUGGAGUUCUUCCUCGCCGCCUGCAAAGACAUGGGGGUGCCAGCCUUCAAGCUCUUCAAGGGCCCCGAGCUGUGGGAGGGCACGGGCAUGGUGUUGGUGAUCGAGAGCUUGGUCGCGCUCGCCGCCAUGGUGGAGCAGCAGUACGAGGGCGCGCCCCCGCUGGUCAUCGACGACCAGUGGAAGCCGCCCAAGCUGACCGACAAGCAGCUCAUCGAGGUCAAGAAGCAGCUCGUGCGCAUCAAGGACAAGCCCGUCUCGGGCGCGCGGCCCAAGGUCUCCCCGCAGAUCGUGCUCAAGAAGCUCGCCCUCAUGGCCGGCAACGGCGUCGACAUCAACACGUACGUGCCGGCCUUCAUCCGGUUCCAGAGCCUCGUGCGCGGCUACCUGCAGAAGCAGCGCUACAGGGCCAUGGUCCGUAACGUGGCGUACCGCAGCCGAGUGGCGCACGAGAUCCUCGACACGGAAAGCUUCUACGUGAAGAGCAUGAACCAGUGCAUCACCGUCUGGCUCAACCCGCUCAACGAUGCCAUCGCCUCGGGCUCGCCGUUGAUCAACGCCGCGGACGUCCGAGCCAUCUUCUCCGACAUCGCGCUGCUCUACACAUUCAACUCGGAGCUCUACUCCGAAAUCGAGAGCCGAGUGGCCAAGUGGGGCACCUACGAGUGUCUGGGCGACAUAUUCCUUCGCCUCGUGGACUACCUCAAAGUCUACACGGCCUAUGUACAGAACUUCAACACCUCGAUGGCGGUGAUCGAGCGCGUUCAGAAGAAGAAGGAGGUGGCCGCCUAUUUCCAGAAGUGCAAGGAGCACCCCGAGGGCAAGUCGCUCGACCUGGCGUCGUUCCUCAUCAUGCCGGUGCAGAGGAUCCCCCGAUACAACCUGCUCCUCACCGACAUGAUGCGACACACGUGGGAAGACCAUCCAGACUACAACAACCUGAAGAAGGCCACAGACAAGAUCCAGUCGAUUGCCGCCUUCAUCAACGAGCGAAAGCGAGAAGCCGAGAACGUUUCCAAGACGCUCGAGAUCUCCAACAAGAUCACCGGCAACGACAAGCUCAAUCUGACCGAGCCCGGCCGCCGAUACGUGCGCGAGGGGGUGUUUAAUGAGGGAACGAAGGACGAGGUGGUGGCCUAUCUCUUCACCGACAUCGUGGUGCUGGGCCGGCCCUCCAAGAAGCUCAAGGUGCUCGGCCGCCACAGCGUCAAGUUCCAGGAUUCCUUCAAGUUGCAGAUCGUGGAGUUGAAGGAGGGUCCGGCCGGUUCGAACGUUAUCGAGUUCGUGCAGCUGGGCAAGAACAAGGUCCUCGCCAGGCUCGAGGCCAAGUCGAAAAAGGAGGUGGACGACUGGGUCAAGGACUUCAAGAAGUCCAAGGCCGAACUGACCAACCAAACGGCCACCAAAGAAUCACUGAUCGACAAGGGAGAGAAGCCCAAGAUUUCGGCCGAGGAGCGACUCAAACGGCGGACGCGAGCAACGAAAACCGGAGCCGAACUCAACUUUGAGGACGAGGAGAACGAAGUGGUCACACAGUUGAAGCGGAAGCGAGAGGCUCUCCUCGCGCAGCUCAACGAAUUCAAGGAGGCCGAUGGCGGCGACAAGCGCUCCAAACGGCGAACCAAGGCGCAGCGCAAGGACACCGUCAAAUUGUUCGAGCAGCUGCAGGGCGAGCUGGACGAGGUGGAGGCCGCCCUCGCGCAGCACCAGACCCUCGCCCCGGCCAAGCUCAAGCGCAAGGAGGCCGCGCCCGAGAAGUCCCUCUCCGCCACCCAAGACCUCAUGAAGUCGAGCCCGCAGCCGGCCCGAAGCAAGACAUGCGCUGGCAGCGACAGCCGGUCCGCGACCCCGACCAAGGCCGAGCCCGCCGCCGGGGUGGCGCCCCAGGAGCAGUACGGCAGCAACGGCGCCACGCCGGUGCCGGGUAUCGUGGUGACCAACACCGACACCACGAAUUGCGACAAUGCCGCGUCGACGUCGACGACGACAACGUCGACAACGUCGCCGCCGACGAGCCCGCGGCAGCAGGCGCUGUCGCACUCGAGCGAGAAGGAGAUCAAGCAGCGCAAGCGGGAGGAAAAGAAGGCCGAGAAGCUCAAGAAGAAGGAGGAGAAGAAGCGAAAGAAGGAGGAGAAGAAGGCCGAGAAGCAACGGCUCCGCGAGGAGAAGAAGCUGUCAUCAUCCAGCUCCGGCGGCGGCCGCGCGCGGCGAGGCACCAUCGCCACGGGGUCGCCGUCGCGCGACGGCAUCGAAAUUUCGAUCACCCGGACCGCCGUCGGCAGUGCCACCAACGGCACCGCCGGCGUGAGCCAGAGCGGGUCGACGCCGACCAAGCUCCGCGCCGACGACGACGAACUGGAGUCCGGCGCCAAGUCGCCGCGCAAGCCCGGCUCCAGCUCUGAGAAGGGCGCGUCGGCCGAGGCCGAGGCAAAGGGCCGCCACGACAAGGGCGCGUCGGCAGAGGUGGCGAGCAAGAAGGCGGCCGAUGCGAAGUCGGCGCCGUCGGGAGGCGACGAUGAUGGUGGAGGCGAGUUCUAUUCGUACGAGGAGCUCAAGAAGAUGAAGGACAAGCUCGACCGCACCAAACUUGAGACGUGGCUGGCGCCCGGUGAGUUCCGGACUGUGUUCGGGAUGAGCAAGGAGGAGUUCGCCAAGAUGCCCGCCUGGAAGCAGAAGCAGAAGAAGGACGAAAAGGACCUCCUCUGA